CAGCUGUGCUCCUCUCUUUGUCGGUCUGUUCGCUCCUGCGCUUUUCUAUCCGGUAGAAGGAUACAAAGAAGAGAGACGGACGGCAUGAAAUAGAGACAGAGCAUGAGAACGGCGGGGGCAGCAGAGGGACACGAGCAACCCGACCGGACUACAGUCUAGUCCAGACACGGAUACUAUUAUCUCCGGACUGGAUACGGAGCUUCGCCGAUGUGCGCACUGGAUUUUACCCACCAAAGAGUGUCGAGACCGCGGGGAGAGGGGCGGACUUUAUCGCGCAGGACUGUCGGGCUUUAGGACGGGGAUCAUGGAUAAAACUUUGCACAUUCUCCAGAAAUCCGCAGACGGUGUAUCGACUGGGAUCUCCCUGGACAUGAGUUUAAAUAUGGACGAAGGGGAAGAUUUCGCCGAGCAGCAGAUCGUGGGGCUCCCGGACAAAAUACCUCUGGUGAAACCUUAUUUCAAGAAGAAACAGAGGAAAUUGGAUCCCAAAUGCCUCCACCGCGCCCUGGAGGAUCCCAUACUGACCACCCUGCUGAGCACGGAUACUCUGGUCUCCGGGGAUGGAGUGUUUGUUCCCCGGAGCCAGCCGGGACGGACGCCGGGCAAUCUGUGCGCAGCGGCGGUGGUGAAACAGAACUGUAUGGCCCAGGUGUGUCUCAAGGACCCGGGAGCUGCUGAAGAUACCACCGCUGGGGCCGGAGUACAGGGGCUGAUGACCCGGGACGUUGAUGUGGAAAUAGCCGAUACUACUGCAGAGCUGGAGGAGACAGAGCGACGAGGGGAGCGACCCAAGAUCCAAGAUUCUACCCAAGACUGCUUUCAGCUGAAGCCUGGCCUCAGGGCGGCUGGGAGCACAGUGACAAUAACACCCCCAGACAGGGAUAUACCUCCCAUAGCUGCACCCCAGGCUCCUCACCAGGAGGGGGCCAUCAAAAGCAACGACCUCUUAACCUCCGGAGCUAAAAAUCUACCAGUUAAAGACUGCACUGGAACCCAGGACCCCCAUGCCCUCCUCCUGCAGCCUGACAAAGGGGUGCUAUUUCAGGAUAAAAGUGAAGAGGCCUCCCUGGACCUGGUUUUUGAGCUGCUCACCCAGCUCCAGUAUCACACACACCAGUCGGACUCGGUGGACAUUUGUGUGGACUUCCUCCAGGGACAGUGCGUUUAUGGCAACGACUGUGCCCACCACCACACCGUGCUGCCCUACCACUGGCAGAUCCGCAAGAGCAGCAGUCAGACGUGGCAGAGCAUAGCGGACGACUCCCAGGAACAGCUGGAGAGACUGUACUGCAACCCCGACAACGAGCAAGUCAGGCUCAAGUUUCAGGGUCGAGUGUUUGCCCUGGACUUUGGGGCGAUGCGGGUGUGCGACCUGGAGUUUGACUGCGUCCGACGACUGACCACUCCCCCCAGCCCUCUACCUGUGCCCACAGCGAGCCCAAACCCCACCCCCAGCUGUCACACGGUGUGGAAGUACUACUGCAGAGACAACUUUGGUUGGAGGGAAUACUCCGAGCCGGUGGUGAAGCUCAUAGAAGAGGCAACUUCAAGGGGUCUUAAGGAGGUGCGAUUCAUUACGCUCCAGAACCAGUAUAUCCUCAACAUCAGGGAGGGCUUCCAGCAGAAUGCGGUCUUCGGGUUCAGGCGUCAGAUCAAGAAGCGGCCCAUGUUCAUGUCCUCUGUGAUGCUGACACCUCACCUACAGACUUUGGGUGGUCUCUCUUUAUCUCCUCUCCCUUGCUCGUCAUCAACCUCCUCCUCUUCUUCGUCGCCUUCAUCGUCGAUGGAUCCUUCUGCGUCACAUCCUCUCUCGCCAACAACCACCAACCCGCCCAGCCUUUUUCCAGAAACAUGGUUGCCAAUGACGAUGAGCCAGGACUUCCUGCGGGUGCCUGUGUCCCGUGAAGACCGCAGCUACAGGACGGUGUACAGCCUGUUCCACAAGACGGUGUCGGAGACCAAGUUCAGGAUUAUCAAGAUCCUGCGUGUGCAGAACCCCUUCCUCUGGGAGAAGUAUAAGAGGAAGAAGGAGUACAUGUCGCGGCGUAUGUCAGACAUGGACCGGCUCCUGAGCGAGCGCCACCUCUUCCACGGCACGUCGGCGGACGUGGUGGAGGGCAUCUGCAAGCACAACUUCGACCCCCGAGUCUGCGGCAAACAUGCCACCAUGUUCGGCCAGGGCUCCUACUUUGCCCGCAAGGCUGUCUACUCCCACAACUUCUCCAAGCGAUCGCCCAAAGGAGUUCAUUGCAUGUUCCUGGCCAAAGUCCUCACUGGCAGGUUUACUGUAGGAAAUCCCUCCAUGCGGCGACCUCCACCCAUCAACCCUCGUGACCCCUCUAGUGACCUUUAUGACUCCUGUGUGGACAACUGGGUGGACCCCCAGAUCUAUGUCAUCUUCAAUGACGACCAGAGUUACCCUUACUUUAUUAUUCACUACGAGGAGGUACCCAGCACAGUCGCCGUCUAAGCCCUUCAACAGAACUUGGUGUCUUUGUUUGCAAAUCCUUAGUCAUAGUCUGCUAAUGGUGGUAGAUGGAUGGAGUUUGAUGCAAAGGAACAGUUAAGACCAAUAAAAAUGGAUGCUCUGAAGAGUGUUGGUGUAACCAGCUCUGUUGGAGUCACUCUGUUAGACCAAACUUCACCCAUCUGGUGCCUGAAAUGCAUUAAAACAGGCUGAGAAAUAUUUGCAAAUACACAAUGAUUCAGGUCUGUAGUCGACUGGAUCCAACCAGACUGGACUGCAUUAAGGAACAACAGACCGGAUUCAACUGGACAAAACUGGAUUAGCAGAGGACAACACCUGUUUCAUCCAGUGUUCAAAGGUGGAUGACAACUGAAAACAGCUGCAACAGACUUGAGUGGACUCAUACACCACAUUUUACUAUCUAGAAUGAAAAGGACCCCAGUGAUGAUGAUCGCUGGGCAAAAGAGGAUUUAUCUACUUUACUGAUUUGGAGCAGAUGCAGGAAAAACCAAACCUCGGCCCCUUAUCAUUUUGACGUAGUCGUACGGCUGUACGAGAACUCGUUUCCACAUCGGGACAAACACUGUUGUAGACAGUUAGCGUCCUGCCAGUACUGUGAAUGACCAACUGGCCAUGUUAUUAUUAUUAUUAUUAUUGUUGUUGUUGUUGUGAGGAAGCAGCAACCAACCAAUCAGAGGCUUCCACAGAGAAACCAUGGCAACUCUGACCCUCCCAUCAUUCUCUUAUACAAAUCAUAGUGAGUGUUUAUCCAGCCUCCGGCCCAUACAUUUUUUUCAAAUCUAUGUGCUGAGUGUUUGAAUCUUUUAAUUUAGUGAACAUUAAUCUUGUGGCCUCUUCAACCAGACAGUGGACAUGAGUUUCAGAGGGACUUCAACAAAAUGGACAUCCACAUACUGUAAACCUCCAGGCAGAGGAUUCACACGACGCCAGUGCUGCUCCUGGUUGCCAUUUUUGCUUUUGCGGCCACCACUUUGGUUCCUCUUGGAAGGGAUCUGAUUCUUGCUAAGACUCGAUGCUGUUGUAGCAGCGGCGGCAGUAGCGCUGUAGCGUUUUGUCAGCAAACCCCCUGAAACUCAUCUCUCUUGGACCGCUCUCUCGCUCAGAGACAGUAGACUCGUUUUGUUUUGUUUUUUUUGUUUUUUUUCUGAGACAAACUGUACAGGCGUUCUCUUUGUUUAUAUUUGAACCGUGUGCCUUUUGUUCAUAAAAAUGUUUAUUUAUGUUAGUUUAAUGUAUCAUUGAUUAAAUAAAGAAUCUAAAAGAGGAAAUGAA